AGUGAAAUGUGUUCCAAGUGGAAAAUACUAGAACUGGCCAUUGGCCUGGCCAACAUCAUUAUUGCCGCCGAUUGCUUUUCUCUGUUUCCUCAGUCACCAUGUUCGGGGCCAGCGAAAGGAAAAACGAUUAUUAUCACCGCCUCUGGAGUUCUUCUUUUUGGUGCAUUGUUGGCCCAAAAGCAACACAGGGCGAAUAUUCUCCUAUUUUGGCUUAUGGCACUUCUCAUUUUUAUAGGUACAAUAAUUCACGAAAUUCUAAUUUGCUACUUUAUACCUACUUUCCUGUGUGCGUAUGUCUUUCUGCUCGUGGUCAUGGGAUUGCUGAUAUACAGAGCCUACAUUGAGGAGGUCUAUGCUUCCACCUUACAUAAACCGGAAGGUGAUGCUGACAAGAGUAAUAAAAUUCAAUCCCCAGCUCCUGAGGAUGCGAAACCACCUCUAUACAAAGCCAUAAGUCUAACAGCUGAGAUUGCUUAAAGCAAAACACUUUCGUUAUUCUUUUUUUAAACCUAUUAAAACUAAAUCAAAAAUGUUUGCUGUCUAGAAAGGAAAGGAAGUUGGAUGUUUUGUUAAUAUUUUAAUUCAUAAUACCAGAAAAUAUAUUGUUUAUGUCGCUCA